AUGGCCUCUGUCGUUCACAGCUCUCGCGGCCAGAAUCACGACAGGUUAGAGUCACAGCAGCUCGCCAUGGCUCGGGCGGCCGAUGCCAAGGGCGAUGCAGGCAGUUCCAGGGGCGACAUCACGGCGAUGCAGAAGAUGAUCUCGGCUAUGUCGGGAAGCCUGGUGACCUCGCUGCUGGUCACUCCUCUCGACGUCGUUCGGGUCCGGUUACAGUCGCAAAAGGCGCCCAUCUCCAGCAUCGACUUCUCCAAGCUCGCUCUCACCACAAACACCCUUUCGUCUGCUAAGUCGGCCGAGCUCGGCGUCACGGCGUGCUGCCGCGAAGUCUUCUUUGCCGGCAACAACGCCGAAUUUUGUCUUGCCGCUCCCCGGAUCGGAGCAUCGGACCCAUCCACGACGGCCUCGGGCGACUGCGCCGUCCAGGAAGUGCGCAAGAAGACGUACAGCUCCACCUUUGAUGGCCUGCGCAAGAUUGCCCGUAACGAGGGCGUCACGACGCUGUGGAGGGGCCUGUCUCCCACGCUUGUCAUGACCAUCCCUGCAAACAUCAUCUACUUUACUGGCUACGACUGGCUUCGGCACAACUCGAACAGCCCGCUCUCGAGGCUGUCGCCCGACUACGCCCCGCUGACCUGCGGCUCGGUUGCGCGCGUGCUGGCAGCGACGGCUGUCGGACCCAUCGAGCUCGUUCGGACGCGGAUGCAAGCCGCCUCGGGCACGUCAACGACCAACCACUUGAUGAAGACGUUCCAGGGGAUCAAGGAAAUGGUCGGGAUUCACGGAUAUACGGCGCUGUGGAGAGGGUUGACGCUGACGCUCUGGCGGGACGUGCCCUUCUCUGGGUUAUACUGGUGGGGGUAUGAAUCGAUCCGAGCGAGACUCACGCACCUUCGCGAGUCGAAGCGGGCCACGUCAAACUCUCCGACGCGACAGGAUUUGCCAAGCCGAGAAAAUCACAGCGAGACAUUCGUUGACAGCUUCGCCGCCGGUGCCAUGUCGGGCGCGUUCGCCUCGAUUGUGACGACGCCGUUUGACGUGGGCAAGACUCGGACGCAGGUGUACCGCGACGCGCCCCGCGAGUCAAAGCCCGGCGGCGCAGGCCCUGCGCAUGUGCCCGAGGAGCGAAACAUUGUACGGCUGCUGUGGCACAUUUUCAAGACGGAGGGCGUCCCGGGCUUAUGGAAAGGCUGGAUCCCGCGCACGCUCAAGGUGGCUCCGGCCUGCGCCAUCAUGAUCAGCAGUUACGAGGUGGGCAAGCGCGUGUUUCGAGGCGUCAAUGAGCGUGCGGAUAAAAGGCACGGCGAACAUGUGUAG